AUGUCUCAACUCCGCUACUAUAUAAUCGACGUCUUCUCAUCCAUUGCCUACCAAGGCAAUCCCCUCGCAGUGGUAGACACCACAUCCACCACUCUCACCCCCACCCAGAUGAAACUACUAGCAAGACAAUUCAAUCUAUCGGAAACAACCUUCAUAUGUCCCCCAACAAACUCAAAAGCGACCUGGGGCCUGCGAUCAUUUCUCCCCAACGGAGUAGAAGUUUUCGGAGCUGGUCACAACUCGCUCGGUGCCUGGUGGUGGAUUGCAGCUUCUGGGCUUUUGGGGGACAUCGCGCAAGACACGGAACUCGGUCGUACUUACUUCCAACAACUAGGCAAUGACGUUCUACCGGUGGAUGUAUCGCAAUCAAAGCUAGGAGAUCUUGUUGUCUCGAUGCGCCAGGGACAACCACAGUUCUUGAAUCAACAUACCAACCACGGUUCCCUUGCGACAUCUCUUGGGAUCGACGUCUGUGAUAUUGGACUAAGAUACUUGAAUGUUGUACUCGACCGGGCAAUGGUUGUUACCACUUCACCUGCUCGUCAUCUCUUGGUUCCAGUUCGAAGCAUUGAUGUCCUGAAAAGUGUCAGCUUUUCCAACAAAGAGGGGAUUUCAAAGGAGCUUGCUAGUACUGAAAGCCAUAAUAGCGGCAUAUAUGUUUUCGCAUCAGCGGCAAAUGAGUUCGAGCCAAAGAUUCCGAGAUUUGAGGCCCGAUUUUUCAGUCCGGGAAUGUCAAUGGAAGACCCGGCUACGGGCUCGGCCGCUGGACCUUUGGCUGCUUACUUGUGGGCGAACAAUAUCCUAACUUCGAUGGAGACUGGAGUAUCUGGAAUUGAGGUUGUACAGGGUGUACAGACUGGGAGGAAAUGCGUGAUGCAUUUGAGCAUUGAGCCGAAUACGGAAGAUUCGGUUAGCAUCACGAUUUCCGGAACUGGCGUGAUGGUUGCAAAUGGACAUAUCAUGAUCCCUAGUUCUGAGCUUUCCUCUUCAGAGACCGUUUGUUAA